UGUAGAUGCGGUAUGGUUGUUUCUUAUUGCCAGGUUAAAGAAAAAAGACAAAAAAAAAAAAAAAAAACCGACCAACUAAGCCAGUGUUGUCAUUUUGAUAUUUUUCUUUCUUUUUUCCAAAGACUUGUGACUGGAUGAUACAGUAAAAUCCCUUUCUUACCGUGAUGUUUUAUCCAAUUCAAUUAAAAGCCCUUCCUCAUAAACGUAACGUACCAAAGAUGCUGCUUUCAUUUGCACUGGCUUCCCGCUCUCCCACUCUCUCUCUCUAUAAUGUAUAUGUGUGUAAAUAUAGAUAUAGUUAAUAGUGUGUAUAAGGAGUGCGAACUAUAUCGAAACCAUUCAAGAAUCCGUGUGCCUCUGUUUGAGGAUUUCAAGCAAUCAAAAGAUGAAACCUCGCAGACUCAAGAAAACAGAUGCUCCUUCCAAGGUUUCCGUUUGAAUUUGCAGCUCACAUUGGAAAAAGUAAUUGGCUUGACGACAAAGAAUGCCAAUGGGUUGGAUGCAAGCAUUUUGAAUUCGAAGAGUGUUUGUGUUUAUAUUGCAGGGUGUGUUGUGGUGAUUUACAAUGUUGAUUCAGGCAUUCAGUCGCAUCUCAUGGUUUCUAAUCGAAUGCCGAAACCUUUGAGCUGUGUUGCCAUCUCACGGGAUGGGAAUUUUGUCGCAGCUGGAGAGUCAGGGCAUCGACCUGCAGUGUUAAUAUGGGACUCUGCAACUUUGGCUUUCGUAUCUGAACUGAAAGGCCAUCAAUAUGGUGUGGCAUGCAUUGCUUUCUCACCUGAUGGGAAACAACUAGUAUCUGUCGGAUUUCCUCUUGAUGCGUACAUUUGCCUUUGGGACUGGCGAAGUGGGAUGUUAGUUGCAAAGGUUAAAGCAUGUUCAUCUUGUUCUCCAGUUGCAUCAGUUAGUUUUUCAUCAGAUUCAAAAUUAAUUGUAACUGCUGGAAAAAAGCACUUGAAGGUUUGGACAUUUGGAUCAUCCACAAGACACCCCACAAAUGCUAGGGCUAGGUCACUGACAAUGCAAGGGAAGUCUAUUAAUCUUGGUCAUCAGAAAGGAUACUCAUUUGUAGCUGUCACAUCUUCCAUAUUGAGUGAUAGUCAUCUAGAUUAUUGUGAUCAAACUGGUGAUUUUUUGCCAAUUUAUGCACUGACCGAUGCAGGUCUUCUAUGCGUUCUGCAUUCUCGGUUGUCCAUAAAAAAAUCAGUUGAUUUAAAGGUUGAGAAAUCUUUUGCGCUAUCUACAUCCAACAAGUUGGUUGCUUGUGCAUGCAACGGCGGAGUCGUAAAACUCUUCACCAUCGAGUCUCUCAAGUAUGCCGGAAGCUUACAAUAUACUGAGGCCAAAAAUUGCAACAACGUGAAUGAUAUGGACUGCCAUACCAAAUUCAGAGAAAAGGGUUCUCAAUCUUUGCCUACUUUUCCUGAUGCAAUUGCUUGUCAAUUCUCAACCUCAGAAAAUCUUGUUGUUGUUUAUGGAGACCGUAGUGUCUACAUAUGGGAGAUUCAUGAUUUGUACAAGGCUACAAGACGUUGCGUCCUUGUUUCACAUGGUGCAUGCAUAUGGGAUAUUAAGAAUAUUUUGUGUGAAAAUAUGCAUGAUCCGUCUAUUGCAUGUGUUGCUAGAGGUUGUUCUGGUGGAGUUUCUUUUGCAACAUGCUCAUCAGAUGAUACUAUUAGGUUAUGGGAUUUUGCUUUGCAACCUGUUUCAUCAUCAAAGGAUGGCUUGACUCUUGCCAUGGACCCCAAUUUUAUGAAAACUGAGGCAGUUGGCAUGGCAUGUUUAGUAAGUGCUGGAAUUUUUGAACUUGAUUCUGUGGAGUCAGGAAUUAGCACUCAGGGAUUUCGAUCUAUGGCAGUUAGUCCAGAUGGAAAGCAACUGGCUGUUGGUGAUUGCCGGGGAAACCUCCAUAUCUAUAACCUACAUACAUCUGAUUACAUAUGCUUUAAGAAUGCUCAUGAUGCUGAAAUCCUAUCAUUGAGCUUUAGCUUGCCUAGGAAGAAGGAUGCUUCUUCUGAAAAAGUUUUGGAAGCCAAUUACUUCCUUGCUUCAGGCGGACGGGAUCGAGUAAUCCGCCUUUAUGAUGUCAAAAGGAAUUUUGAUCUCAUUGGAUGUGUUGAUGAUCAUUCAGCUGCUGUGACUUCAGUAAAGCUAAUAUGCAAUGACUGUAAGAUUCUCAGUUGCAGUGCUGAUAGGUCCUUGGUGUACCAUGACGUCGCUAUAAGAGAUAAUAAUUGCAAGAUUUCUCGUUGUCAUCAUCAGAUAGCAUCUAGUGGAACCGUAUACGACAUGGCCGUAGAUCCACUUGUAGAGGUUGCUAUCACAGUGGGGCAGGAUAAGAAGAUUAACAUAUUCAAGCUUGCUGCUGGAAAACUUAUUAGAUCAUUCAAGCUGGAUGGAGAUUCUGGAGACCCAGUAAAGGUAACCUUGGACCCAAGUUGCAGUUAUCUGGUUUGCUCUUACUCAAACAGAUCUAUCUGCAUGUAUGACUUUUUUACUGGGGAGAUGGUUGCUCGAGCAGUAGGGCAUGGUGAAGUUAUAAAUGGUGUCAUUUUCUUACCUGACUGCAAGCACAUAGUUUCUGUGGGUGGUGAUGGCUGUAUUUUUAUUUGGAAAAUGCCCGUUGCUUUGUCUUCAAGGAUGCUACAGAGAAUAAAGGAACGUUCUGGUCCUUUGACACCAACAUGCAAGACCCAAUCGGUAGCAUUAAGUUCAAUCAAGUUUCAUGAAAAGUCCAACCAAGUUGACCAAAAAUUUAUUUUUCAAGAAGGAAGUCCUUGGGAGCCCUCAUCAUUUAAAUUUAGCAUUUCCAGACUUCCAAAGUGGGCACAAGCCAAAGUAACUAGCCCUGAAAUAAUCCUUACCGACUCUAAGAAUACUACAUUGCAGAAAGUUGCACCGGAAGUUCUCACACCUUUGGGUGGUAAUGAUGGGGGAUAUGCUUCUUUGUCCCCUGAAGUUCAAACUCCAUCCAAACAUGAUUUGGAAGGCAGCAAACUACUUUUUAGUGGCAUAUCUAGUAGUUCAUCUGGCAUUGAUGACAGCCAAGGUUCUGUAAUGCCUCAAAAUAACUUUUGCAGUUUCACAAUGGACAAGCGCUGGCUCACCAUUCAUACAGUUUGUUUGGAUUUACUGAAUUCCCCAGAGGUUUGGGAUAUGACGGACAGAAAGGUGCCGGUGUCUUUUCCGAAUUUGUUGCAAGACCCUGCUGUGGAGACAAGUAAUACAAAUGUGAAUAAUCCUUCUCUAGAGACCACCUUUGGAUUCGUUGGUAAUAAUGGCAAGAGUCUGGGUGUCACUUUUGUUGAACAAACCAGAUUGAACACUCCUGGCUUUAAGUGCAAUAAAACGAAUCAAUAUGGGAUUACUAAUGCAAGUGCAUGCCGUGAGGUAGUUGUUCGUGAGGUUACAGAACAGAUGAACUCAGGCACAACUGAAAGCGGACUGCAACCAAUGGUGGAUGCCUAUGCCUCCCACAUGAAGUCUUCAGAAGAUGACAUGUUCAACCUUAACUUACACAAUUUAUCAGCGGGAUUGAAGAAUGGAAGGACAUCAUCAGCACGGAGAUGCCAUUCUGCACGCAUGCGACGAGACCUUAGAGGCCAAAAAGAACACUUCGACACACCAAAUAGAGAUUUUGGUGGUGAAACUAUAAAUUUGGGCGAAGGAGCUGCUCCUCACGGUACAUCCAAGGAUCCAGCAAUGCGCAUGCCAGAAGAAUCACGAAGGAUGGAUACUCGGACACAGGUUCUCAAGCUCUCAACGCAAGACUUGCUGUGCUCGAAUCACAAUAUCUCAAGAAGUGAUUCAAAUGAAUGCCCUGUCAAGGACAUUUCAGUGAACGAGGAAGUGAUAAAAGCUAGAGAACAAGAGGAAUGCAAUGCUGAGGAAAUCGAAAAGCAACAAAUAAUCAGUGCGUGCAGAGAGGCAUUACUCAAUUUGGAUGCUGCAGCUGACAGUGCACUCCUGUUAUUUUCUGAAUUAGGAAGCAUGGCUUCUAGACAAGAGAUUUUAAGAGGGCCAGGGGGUCAGCUACAUGAGGAAGCCACUGAAAUGCUUCCUACAAUAGCAAAGAAAGUUCAUGCAGUUGCCAGAUUGGCCCAAUCUACAAGCAUCAGUUCGGGUGGAAAAACUAGAGUGGAUAAUUCAAGUUUUGAACCUCUUUUAGGAACUUUUGCUGAGACUAUAUCACAAAGGGUUGUUGAGAUACUGAAGAAAAAUUGCUCCUCUGUCUGACAUAUUAAACAAUCUUUGUACAGGUCUAUCAUGAAAAAAUGUUGCUACCCUUCAAGAGUUGUGAAUUCCCAUUCUGUAAUGAAAAAUUACACGUGAAAAAAAAAAAAAAAAAAAUCGCUUUGGGCUGCGUUUGGCAGCAUUGAAUAUGUGCUUGGGAAUUGAAAUGAAGACCAUAUUAGUUAAAAACACUAGACUAAUAUUCCUAUGAUUUCAAUUCCAUGCAGUGAAUUCUUGAAGGCGGGAUUCUGAGAAUUGGAAAAUGCUUCCUUUGCUACAAGAUUUCCUAAUAACUAUGGCCAUGAUCUCUUUCUUUACUUUAUAGACACAAGGCCCAUUCCUUUAAUCUGGACCGGACAGCCCAAGUUCAGAACUACUUCAGGCUCAAGAUGUAAAUAAAAAAAUCAGCCCGGAAAAUUCAUUGUUGGGCCCAUUGAUGACCCUAGGUUACAUAUAUCAAUGUAGGGAAGUGAUUUAUAUCACUGAAUUCAACAGUACUGGCUCCAUCUCUAAAAGAAAUUUCCCAGAAAGAACAAAAAUAAAUAAAUAAAUAAAAAGAAAG